UCACCCGUGCGCUAACAGUGGAGCUCCACAUCCACACUCACACGCCACAAAGCGCUGUGUUGGGUUUAUUAGAAGCCCGUCGGUGAACAGCCAGAAGGGAGUGGCAUCUCAGGAGUGGAAUUUCACUUCCUGUAUCUCUCAGGUGAGUCACCUGAGCAAUGUCGUCGAUGGCUCAGGGUUUCGUGUCGACAUUUAACGUGUGAGUUUCAGAGUCGAAAGGAUCACAUCUGCCCGGAGAGCGCUUGAGGACCUUCUGAACAGUUUUUCUGGCUGCGCACCGGAGCUGAAGCUUGAUUUAAGAGAAGAAGCAAAGUGUUUUGACCCUUUGCGGCCUAAAACACUCGAGAGGAAAAACAGACAUUGUUCAACAAUACGUGGUAUUUGUAUUCGCUACGGUGGUAAAACUAGAUCUCUGGACUUUAACGUGUGUGGAACUCUUGAAAAGGACGUAUCAAAUGAAUCCCCCCCUCCGAGCGUGCGCGCUCCUGCUCCUGGUGCUCCUCGGCUCCGCUUGUGGCCAGGAUACCGGGGAGACGUGCUUAGCCCGGUUCAAAGAAGGUCGGGAGGACUUUGUCCUCGACGCAGAUGAGUCUGUGAAAGAAGGAGCGACGUUCAUUUCGUCGCCGAGCUUGGAUCGGCACAAGGACUGCAUGAGCGCCUGCUGCAAAGAGCCGCGCUGCAACGUCGCCUUCAUGGAGAGGGGCGCCGAGGAGGGCACGAUCCAGUCCUGCUUUCUCUUCGAUUGUCUGUACAAGAAGACGUACGCCUGCCGCUUCGUCAGGAAGAAUGGAUACAUCAACUACAUCCUGGACUCCGUGUAUGAGAGCUACCUGGAACUGGAUGUUCCCCGAAAUGACGUCGACCGUCCCCCGGUGGCAUUCGGAGGCCAGGACCGUGUGGUCCAGCCUCAGGACAGCCUGACAUUGAACGGCAUAGAGAGCAAAGAUGACCAGAAGAUUGUAUCUUACCAGUGGCAGAUGCUCACCAAUUAUCCUUAUGCUGUCAUUGAGAAAACCAGCUUUGAGGACCAGAUUAUCGUUUCCAACCUGACCUCUGGGGUGUACAAGUUCCAGCUCAAAGUCACAGAUGCCAUCGGCCAGUCAGACUCAACCAAGGUCACCGUGCUGGUCCUGAAUCCUGAGGAGUCCGAGCACCACUGCAUGGCUCCGAUGAAGAUUGGGCCGUGCCGCGGUUCUUUCCCUCGCUGGCAUUACAACGCUGCCUCGGAGAAGUGUGAGAAGUUCACGUUUGGGGGCUGCAGGGAGAAUCUCAACAACUAUCUCAGCAAGGACGAGUGCACCAACGCCUGCUCCGGCUCAGAAAAAACUGGUAAAAGUGGCAGAGGUUUGCCAAUUCCUGAGCUUCACGUAGAAAGAUGCGGUGCCCCGUGUGCAGCGGGUGAGUUCACCUGUGCAAACGGCUGCUGUCUGACUCCGGGUCUGGAGUGUGACUUGACUCCACAGUGUACCGACAGCUCGGAUGAGCUGAGAUGCGACGAACUGAACAAAAAUUUUGGGAUUCUGCUGCAGAUUCCAGUGAAUGAACAAAAAGUGCGCUGCACAGCGUUUCCUGACACUGGGAACUGCAGAGACAGUUUGACCAAGUGGUACUACGAUCCGCUCCAGCAGAGCUGCUUCCGCUUCAACUACGGCGGCUGCCAAGGAAAUGAGAACCGAUUUGACUCUGAAGCGUCCUGUCUUCGAGUUUGCCAUGGGGUAACAGAUAUGGAUGUGUUUGCAAGAGAGAAUGGAUUUGAAGGCCUAGUGGCUGAAAGUCAAAUUGGUAUCAUAGCUAUAGCUGCCCUCCUGGGUCUUGCUAUCUUUGUCCUACUAUGCCUCCUGGUGUACUGCCUGAUGAAAGGCAGGAAGAAGUCUCCACAGCACCACCGCGUACCCGUCAACACUGUCCCGGUCACCUUGGAGGACAGAGAGCGCCUGGUCUACAACAGAACCACCAAGCCCAUCUGAGGCUUCAGUCCUCACCUUUGACUCCUAUCGUGGUUGUAAAUUACACUGGUUGCUGGACACUGAAGCAAUGUCCAUUGACCUGAGUUUGAAUGCAGGAGGGGAUGUGUUUUUAUUUUGUCCAUAUAUGGAUGUAUUUCGUAUGGGUGAUGUACAUGGAAGGCCGAAUGUCUUCAGUGAUGAUGAAACGUGAUGUUAUAUUUGGACUUUUAACUUGUUUUUAAAUGCAGUGGCCUGUUAAAAUGACUUAUGGAUAUCAGUUUGUACUCGGGUUAACAGUGAAGGAUUGUGUAGGUUGCCACUGGAUAUCGUUGAAUCGGGUUAAAUUCCAAAAUAUGUUCUACGUUGUUGUAUUUACUUUAUCUUUUAAACAAUCUGAUUGUUCUUAGUGAACCACACUUAUAGUCACUAGGUCCACAUUGGUCCGUUACUUUUUAAGUAAGAGUUUAAAUUCCUGUGCGUCCCUUAAGAGCUCUGGGAAUCUUUGUUGUGUUAUAUGGAGAUCCCCUCAUCUUCCCCAAAUCCUGCCCCGCCAUCUUUUUCACUCUGUCAAUUUCAUUUUGAUCACGUUUAGAAACCAUUGUUACAUUGUGUUACACAUGCAUGCAUAAUGUUGUACAUAAUCUUAACAUUUUAAGAAAGUAAUAUUUUACAUGAUUUUUUUUUUUUUUGUCCGAUUUUUCCGACACAUUUUUAGAACAAGCAUAAUGCUGACCUUAUAAUGCCUAUUAAUUCAUUUUAAAACGCCUCCUAGCUGUUUUUGUACAAAUGACAUUAUAUAUGUUUCUGUGACUUUAGCAGUAUCACAUUGUUUAUACAAAAUAAAUAUAUUAAAUAAAAAUUGAA